GACGUCUGCGUACUGGAGAAAGAAAGAAAAUACGUUAACUAUUGGUCGCCAUUUUGAGAACCUGCGAACAGCCUUUGGAGGUGGUUGUUGAGCAGUAGACCUUUAAUUCUUUUGGUAUUUUAAAAAUAAUUUUUGCCUAUAUAUUAGGACCAAUGUCUCGAUUCAACAAUAAUCGUGGCGGCUUUGGAAUGAAUCAUUUCCAGCCGCGCAGAGGAAGUGGGCCCGGCGGCCCCAUGCGAGGUGGGCUUAUGGGAAACCCAAAUUUUAGGCAUAAUCCUUUCCAGAAUCAAAAUCAAAACCGGAGGGGACACAACUUCAACAGACCACCACACCAAGGAUCGCAGAACACUCCCCAGAAGCCGCAACAGAACCAGUCGCUACCCAUCAUCCCUCCGCCGACUCCAGGCCCGGCUCUUACGAUGGAAGGCCCGAUUAAGCAGCAACAGCAUCAGAAACCGGCACAAGAGCAGCAGAAAUCCACAACCCCUGCGCCCCAGCCGAAAGUUCAGUCACCACCACCCACACCUAACGUGACCUCCCCUCAGCCAAACCAGGCAAACAAGAACCUGAACCAGCAGCUGAAGUCACCCGUGGCAAAUGCUAACGGUCAGCAGCAGAAGCCGACUCCACACCCAAGCCCGAAAGCAGUUGGGCCGCAGCAAGGUCAGAAACCAAGCCCUCAGCAAAGCCAGAAGCCGGGACCCCAGCAGGGCCAGAAGCCAGGACCCCAGCAGGGCCAGAAGCCGGGACCCCAGCAGGGCCAGAAGCCGGGACCCCAGCAGGGCCACAAGCCGGGACCCCAGCAAGGCCAGAAACCAGGACCUCAACAAGGCCAGAGACCAGGACUUCAACAAGGCCAAAAUACAGGGCCACCGGCCAUGAAAGUCAGUCAACAGUCACGAGAUACCAUGAACACUGACGCAAGUCAGUCAGAAGAGAGGCAAUCUAAGGCUGAGUUCAAGGCGACGCUGUCCAUGUUGCUGAAGCCAGGUGAGAAGUCCUACACACAGCGGUGCCGCUUGUUUGUUGGUAACCUGCCCAACGACAUCACAGAGGACGAUUUCAGGAAGAUGUUUGCAAAAUAUGGGGAGCCCACUGAGGUCUUUAUCAACAAGGGGAAAGGCUUUGGUUUCAUCCGACUGGAAUCUCGGGCACUUGCAGAGAUAGCAAAAGCUGAGCUGGAUGACACACCGAUGAAGGGCAGACCCUUGCGUGUCCGAUUUGCUACACACUCUGCAGCGCUGUCUAUAAAGAAUCUGUCACCAUUUGUUUCCAAUGAACUCCUAGAGGAAGCUUUCUCACAGUUCGGAAUGGUAGAGAGGGCCAUCGUGGUUGUAGAUGAUCGUGGACGCUCUACGGGCAGAGGAAUUGUUGAAUUUGCCUCCAGACCUGCUGCCAGAAAGGCUUUAGAGAGGUGCAACGAGGGGGUCUUUCUGCUCACUACUUCUCCUCGGCCUGUUGUUGUCGAGCCUCUGGAGCAGUACGAUAGUGAAGAUGGUCUUCCAGAGAAGUUGGCACAGAAGAACCCCAAAUAUAAAACAGAGCGUGAGGAGCCUCCUCGCUUUGCCCGUCCAGGCACUUUUGAAUUUGAGUAUGCAAAGCGCUGGAAAUCCCUUGAUGAAAUGGAAAAGCAGCAAAGACAACAAGUGGAGAAGAACAUGCGUGAGGCCCGUGAGAAACUCGAGAGCGAGAUGGAGGAUGCUUACCAUGAGCACCAGGCCAAUCUGCUCCGUCAAGAUCUGUUGAGGCGACAGGAAGAACUGAGGCGUAUGGAGGAGAUGCACAAUCAGGAGAUGCAAAAGAGGAAGGAAAUGCAGCUCAGACAAGAGGAAGAGCGACGCAGACAGGAGGAGGAGAUGCUUCGGAAGAGAGAGUUGGAAGAACAGAUGCGCCGUCAGCGUGAGGAGAACUACAGGAUGGGCAGCUUUAUGGAUAGGGACAGAGAAAUGAGAAUGCAUCCUGGUGGAGCUUUGGGCAUGGGUGAUAUGUCCUUUGGUGGAUCCUCACAGAAAUUCUCUAUGAGCGGGCUUGGGUUUGAGAGUCAGCAGGGAAUGGGAGGACCAGGAGGCCUGAUGGGCAACGAAAUGCGCAAUGAGCGCUUCACUCCGGGUGGUGCGAGGGGAAUGGGUCCUGGUAACCCCGGGUAUGGCAGGGUCCGCGAGGAGUUUGAUGGUCCUGCUAAGAAACCCCGUUUUUAAACGCUGCCCUUUUGAUGCUCCCAGCAGCACCAUUUGUACAGUUUUUCUCUAAAAACAAAAAUGUUGAUUCGAAUUUCUUGUAUUUAAGUUUAAAUUGUUACAACAUUUUAGCCAAUUUACUCAGUUAUUGACAGUCAAUAUUUUCCUUUUUUACUUUGUCUCUAGUCUGAAAAGAGAAGUUACUCUUAGCUGAUCCAGUUGUUCUUUUUUUGACCAUGUAUAAUUUUUUUUUUUUUUUUUUUUUUUUUUAAAGAUGUGUUAUGCUCUGUGAGUCGUCGUGAAGUGAUAACUGUAACAUUUUUUCUGAACUUCCUAUGGCUGUGUUUUGUGCCAUGCAUUUGGAGUCAACGCAUGUACUAUAAUAAAGAGACAUUGGUUCAAUCAGGAAAAACCUUUAACCUUUUAUUCUUAAAAAUGAAACGUGUAGUACGUUCAGAAAGUAGCAAUGGGCUGUUUGCGGAAGUUGAAUAAUGUGGUUACCUCUGCCAUAUUAGCUCUUAAAGAUUCUAUGUGUUAUUUUCUCAAGUCCUGUCCACUUUAGUUCAGUGAUUCGUACACAGUCUGAAAAGAAUUAACUCGUGGUAUGACAGAAAUUAGCUGCAAGUACGACAUAGCUUUAAUCAGCAAAUUCCCACAUUGAAAUAUAUUGUAAAAAUACUUAUUCAUCAAAGGAAUAAUCAUAUAUUUACCACCUGCUUAAAAAGACUCUAGACUGGGAAGCAAUGUUGAACAGGGUUCUCCAGAUCAUUGAAAACUUAAUUAAAAUAAGAUUUAACACAUUUUAAUAUUUUUACGUUUCCUGUAAAUUAGCAAUAGCAUUUGCAGGAAUUUAUUUAUUUAUUUAUUUUUUUAAGAAAAAGUUGUUAAGAUUCAUUUUUAUAAAUUGGUUAUUAAAAUGGUCACAGUCGCGUUUUAAAGAACUUCAUUAAUUUUUAAUAAUGCAGGGUGGCUCUGAUAUUAUAACCCUGUUUUCAAACAAGUAUGUUUCCUUUUAUUUUUUGAAAAAGGGGAACUUUUAGGCUUUUUCUUGGUUUUUAGGAGAGGCUUUUUCUGAGUUAUGUUGCAUUCAAUGAGUAACUCUGCUUUUACAGUCUUGCCUCAGGACAGAAGAAAUAUCACACAUGGAACCUUUAAGAAAACCUGUGUAAUACUGUGUGACUAACAGUGGUCUUACAGAAACAUAGUGCUGAAACCGCACAGUCUGUCGUAGACAGGCAAAAUCCACUCAAGUGUGUGUCCUUGUGUGCAUGUUUGGAAGCUGGAGUUAUUUGACUACAUUUACAUGCAGGUCAUUCUGUUAUUGCUAGCAUUUGAAGCAUUUGUGAGGCAUUCUUUCAGAAGGAUAACUGUCAUAAAAAAUGCACAAAGCAAAUGCCACCAUCUUUAAAAACGGAUGAUGUUGUUAAAUUGGGAUGAAAUUGUAGCAGUUUCUGUAUUGUUAUGUAAAGGAUUAAUUUUGAUAAUUAUGAAGGUUUCCAUAAGGGUGGACUGAUGUGACUCUGGACUCCUAUAGGUUCUUUAAGGUGUUUAGGUUAACCUUAAGUGGUAAUAGUUCAAACAGCACCACGUUUCUGCAUCAGUUGAAGUAAUACAAUUGUAUGUAAAUGUAGUCAAUAAUGGUUAUGGACGAACUUGAGGCAUAUUAUAGGUCUAUAAAAGUUUGUGUGUAAAAUGUAUCUUUGGGGAAGUGCAGUGGCAAAUCUUGACAUCAGAUAUGUCCAUAUUAUACUUAAACGCCUUGGAACAUCCAUACUUGGAUACGUAUGUCAAGUCUUAGAAUUUCUAAAAGUCUAGUAACUAGCAACCAAUGGUUCAUCAGAGAUCUGACGUUUCAGGCUGUGACGUCAUAAAUGACUGAGUCACUGUUGGAUUUUGGAAAAUGAUUUUCAGUUAUAAAGCUCUAAUUUUGCUAGAGCAGCACAAAGACAAUAAGUCCCUUUGUAAGAACGCAUAGGAUGCCCUAGUUUUCAAAACCGCAUGGAUGUGUGCAGUGGGCUUAAACGACAGUCUGAUUUGCAUCUUUUCUAUUUCACUGAUAUGUUCUUGUGUAUCAGUUAACUUUUGACAAACCAGCACUACGAUCUCAUUUAAAACUAGAGACUCCAAGGCUAUUGUAUCAACUUUGUCAACAGGGCUCAUGUGCUGUUUUUUUUCCGAGGACCUGCCUUGUUUGUGGUAAAUUUAUCACUAUUCCCUUCUCAGACUGACUUGUAUGACAGAUUGGGUUACAUUCAGGAGAACCCAUUCUCAAUCUCUGCAGAAAUGUUUAACUGUAUCUGCAUUAAUGACUUUAAUGGCACCUGCCAUUAUAAUGGCAAUAAUAUCCUGUACUAUUAGGAUAUUCACAUUAUCUCCAAACACAGCACGAGAUCAAGAGACAAGAAGUCCAAAUAUUUUUAUUUUUUUUUCUAAUUGUGGGACUGCUCAAACAGUAAUAAUGUAAGGAUGGCCCAACCAAAAUUGAGUGCCAUAAUUAAACGGACACCUUCCUCCAUUCACAAGCCUACCUUUACAACCUUUGUCAGAGUUGUCUGGUAAGAGAUGGCCUGAAAAGUGAAUGUAAGUAAUUUUGAUCUUUUAAUAAUUUCAACUUUUGUUAUUAAGCAGAUUUUAUUUUUUGCGUGUAUUAACUUGGCUCUGUUCUAUUCCACUAGCUUUAACUUUGACAUUCUGUGAAUCAUUGAAAGUAUUUUUCAUUCAACAUUAGUUACAAUUUUGUAGUUGGUGGAAGCUUGCUGAUCUCGCACAGCAACUAGCUGAUCAUUGUAGCUUUUUCUGUUUUUUUCUUCAUGUAGAAGAAAAUGUCCUCCAUUUAAACAUGGAUUACAUAAGACAUCAAGAAUCAAAUAUUUUUAGUGCACCUGUUAAUGUCCUUCACACAAUCAAACAUGCAAUGAAGGUAAGGAUUUUAACUUUAAUGUCUUCUAUCAUGUGGCAUCCCAGAAUCCCACAAAACAAACCUGAAAUGGCCACAGAACAGAAGAUUUGGAUGUGUGGAUGCAUUCAGUAAUGGGAAGGAUAUAAAGGAGUGUUUAUCUCAAAUGUUACUUGUGUUUGUGUUAUGUACAUGUUUUCUUUAACAGGUAUGGACGGCUUUAAAGAUAAUGGACUGUGGCUGAAGUGUGGCUGGGUAGUGAGGACUUGGAAAAGCUGUAGCUAAGAAACUCAAACGCUGGAUCUGAAACUAGUGAAAGUAGUGAGAUAUAAUCCCUAUUUAAUCCUGUACAUACAGUACAUGAUUUCCUUCCAAGAGAGUAGUCUAAUGAGGUACAUUAAUUAGAUGUUUGUCAUUGUGAUAUGGUAGUCAAACCCCUGGGAAGUCAACUGGAUUGUGAUUCUAAUCCAUCCUUGUAGCUUUCUUGAUGAAUUAGAAAACUUCUUAUUUUAUCCAAUAUUGUGUACUUCAAAUAUUUAGUGUAUAUUUUCUUAUUUAAUUUUGAAAAAAGUUUCAAAAAUUUAGUAAUAGUAAUUCACAAUGGAAUGCAAUAAAUUUUAAUUAAUAUAUUGCAGAUUAAUAUCUAUAAAUACACUUAAUGGCAUUCAGAAAAAUCAUAACUCACUGAUCUGAUGUGGGAAUGGAAUUUAAUGCCUUCAAAGUCCACAACACUAAAUUUGUGUUGGUCGGUUAUUUCUAAAUAUUCAAAAGAAUAACGAUAUAGGUUUAAGGCACUAAUUGUUCUUUGCAACAUCAGUGCUUUGAGUAUAAUUUUCACAUAACACUACAUCUCAAUGAUGGAUUGUUAUGCCAGCUUUUUUAAAAAUAUAUUUGGCAAAGAGAAAGCCUGUCUACAUGGUUUAUACGCUCGUAUUAAAUGGUCAAUUUUGGAUGAACGUUUUUCAUUGCAAAAUAACAAAUCCUAUAACUAAUAGUUAUUUGUACAGAUGUAUUUGCCAAUCUUUUCCUCAUUCUUUAGACGAAUGAUUCCUUUUUAGCGCAGUGGCAUGCACUCUGAAUUUUUCUGACUGUAUGCACAGAUGACUGGAUUUUCAGAUUAAAAUAAAGAUUCCUCAAAGUAGUUGUGACAUAACUAACUGAAAAAGGAUGUUGGAAGUCAAAUAAUCUCCAACAUUUAGGAAACAGUUUAGAUCUGCAAUCAAAGGUAUGUAGGUACCUUUAAAAUAUGCCCUUUAUACAUCAAAUUCCUUUUAGGUAAAACAUUUAGAAAUGCAUCACUGCUUUUAGAUUGAAUUACAUUUUACUGGCUUAAAUAUAGUUCUUUUACUUAAUAACAUAGUGUGCAUUUUGAACGUUGUAACGUUGUCUGUGUUGUGUACAACUUGUUUUUCUUUAACAGGUUUGACCAUCUGUUAAGGUGUUGGACUAUGAAAAGGAAGUUGCCAAGCCAAGACAUUGAGAGUCUGUAGCUUCUGUUGGAGCGGUUUUGUAAAUGAAACUGUGUCACUCUAAAGGACCAGAGUGAUCAGAUAAUAGUGGCUCUAUAACUUGGACUGUAGGUUAGAAUAUUUGGGAAUUUAUAUAUUUGGAUAUUGCUCUCGCACAAGUACACCGUUUUAAGGAAAAUUCUUAUAUUUAUGUCUAUUGUAUGUUUACAGUUGCUAUACUUUAAUGCAGAAAAAAUCCCUUUCUGCUAUUUUGACAUGAAAAUAAACCCUUGACAUUCUUCAAGGGGCCCGGUUACCCACUCCACAUUUUUGUGUUCCACUUUGUCUUGUGCAUAUUAUACUGACUGUUUUUGCAGCCAUGCAAUUCACUCUGUCUUCAAGCUAGGUCUUCUGUCUUUAAGGUCUGUUUAAGAGUCCUCAGAUUUUUCUUUAUCCUUAUUUGCCACCUUUGGAAGGACUUUGAGGUUCUUAGUUGUACUGGUCACAGAUGAUAGAUUCCAGAUAACAACUAAAAUGUGACAGAAGUAGAAAGUAUUCUGUAAAAUGUAUUGAGGACAGUUUGAAGCAUUUGACUCUUAUAAAUUCUAAAAUGUAAGUUUUAAGAAGAGCAUGUGAAUUUGUUACAUUUUUAUAUAUGAAAGAAAUAAUGGAAUUUUGUUCUAGUUCCUCUUUAAAAGAUUAAGAGACUGAGUUUGAUAUUGCCUACAUGUUUUAAUGUAUUCAAGUAAAAAUAGCUGUCAUGCUUGCUUAUACAGCGCUAUCAAACCAAAGCAAGUUACAUUACACAAAUACAUGGAUUACACGUUGUAAAAAUGGACAAGUUUGGCAGUGGAAUUAUAAAAACGAAAGAGGAACACAUUUACUCAACAUCUGAGGUCUGAAAUCGAUGCCUCUUUAUAGAUGUAUUUGACUGGAAUUGUGGUGACAAUGGAAAGCUUUGACAUUCAAGUGAAGUCGCAGCCACAGGCAAGUGAAACAUUGCAGUAAGCAGACUCUUCAUAAAUGGAAAUCAAACUUUUUGACAGUCACUCUUAACAGCUUUAACAAUUGUCUAAUGAUCACACAGCACAGGUGUGAUCAAUAUAGCAACUAAUUAAGGUUCAUGGUGAGAAAAAUGACCUGUUGCCUUCUAGGGGUGUAACGGUACGUGUGUGACGUUAAGUGCUAACAUGUAUAUGUUUCUCUGUAGGAGGAAAAAGACUGCCCGUACCAGUGAUAUCCACAUACAAUCUUACUUUUACUGCUACAUGAUUAGUUUUUUUUUAUUAGUUUUUUUUUUUGCUUAAUAAAUAAAAAUUAAUGUCAUCUGUUAGACAGUGAGCUGAAUCCAGAACCAGUUUUAAGUAUUACUCUAGUGACAACUUUCUAGGGGCAAGUAGCUCACAGCCUCUAACCUCAUGUUUAACUCAUUUUUCCAGUUGGACUAAAAUCAAAAAAACUCAGUGUACUAGUUACGCUUCGACUACAUGUAGUUCUCGUGUCUCACAGCUCACUGAGCUCAGCUUUUAACAUCUUUAGAAACUUUUAUUGUAUUUCUUCAGUGCAAUCCAAUCCAAGGUCUUUUUCUUGGUUCAGUAGAAAGAGGUUUUGUUUUUUGUUUUUUCUGAUGGCAUUGGCAGUCACACCAUUAGGAUUUCUAAAUACACUCUCAUAAUGUGAUUCUGCCUAACCUGUUAAGGAGCAGAAAGUCAUUUUCUUUUCCAGAACAUGUUUGCUGCACACCAGGUAUGCAUUGGCCAUAAACUCUGGUAGGAGUAUUCUUGAAAGCUCAGCCAGAACUCUGUGCUAACUCACACAACAUAUUUUAUAUUUAAACAUUAUAUUUAACUGAAACAUGAGUGCUCCCAACAAACAAUACCUAUUCUGACAGUUCUGUUGUCCUCUUUUCAGGAGUUGUUUUUUUUUAAUGUAAUUAUUGCUAGUGUUUAAACCUUUUUAUGAUGAAAUCAUUCCCCAAAUAUGGGAAAGUAUUUCUCUUUAUUCUCAAUUUAGAGUUUCUUUUGUCAAAGUAAGAAUUAUGGCCAACUUUUAAUUUAAAAAAAAAAAGAGGCUGCUCAUAGGAUAAUUUUGACUUUUGUUAGUCUUUUGUUGCCUCUACCAAAAAUAUACCACACUGACUGUUACAUCCCCACUCCCCACACUUUACAUUGUGACUCAAGUUUUAUGUAACAACUUUUUACUCCAGCACAUAAUCUCAUCAGUUCUGUCUGAAUUACCAUAAUAGUAAGAGCUACACCAGCAGACCGAUCAAGCUCACAGACCUGAGUGAGGCAGGAUGUUCGAUGCUGUCUUACGGUUGAAGAGGCAGCGGCUUGUUGUGCCUGUCUGGUUGUGCGGGUUUCAUGUCUUUGGGUAAAAGAGGUGCAUUAGCUGCUGUCAGCCAGCUUGUCAAAGACAAGCUGCCCCAGUCCACAGUAGAGGCUCUUCUCUGCAGUUGGGUUACAUUGACGAUGAGUAGUUCUGCAGAUGUCAGUGGACAGUAAAGCCUGGACUUGUUUGCACUGCAGCCAGAGGUAUGCUUACACAGAUCAGCUGAACAAGUAAGGUAAGUGUCCCAUCCAUGUUUAUAAUGCAAGAUGCACAGUUGUCCCAUGACUUAACUCUUCUGUCUUCUUAUUCCACGUCACUGCUCACAGUGAUGUCUUCAGGGCUUCUGGCAUCACACUUUCAAAGAAUGGCAUCACAGUGCAGAUCUCUCUUCAUACUUCUUGGCAAUAGAUUUGCUGUAGCCUGUGGAGUGUGUGUGUGUGGUUGUAGUACUUUGGCUCCUCUGUAUGUGUGCAUGAAAACAAGUGUUUGUGUGGAUUCAAAUAUAUGGAACACAGCGCUGAAAUGAAAGGUAUUCUGCUUUUUUUUUUUUUUUAUAAAGUAUUGCCUGGUACAUUUAAGCUCCUAAGUGGAAAAAGCAGAAGUCUUGUCUACAACCGUACACGAUGUUUUGCAUUUUGUUUCCUUUUCUCGAAAACCUAUAUUUGAAAGUGAUUAGUUUGGAAAAAGGCAGGGUGUUUGCAGCAACAAACUGGGGGUGGGGGGACAACCAAAGCCCAGCUCUACCAGAGGCAAAAUACUAUGAGAAACUGUUCUGCUUUGGCCAUAACUUUGUUUUUUAUGUUUUGAAAUACUCAGUGCUUUCUGAUUUCAGUCUAUUCCUGCUUUGAUAAAGUAAUAGUACUGUUAAACACCCAGUGGCCUUUCAUCAGCACAUCCUCAGUCAGUCGCAAUGCAGUUAAAAUCAGUCAUGAAAAGUACUUUCACACUGUGUAAGCAGCACUUUUAUCUUUGAACCCUCUAUCAGCACUACUCCCUCGCCCUCUCUGCCUGUCUGAAAUGACAUACCGAUUGUAUUGGUACUGGGUUGGGUUUUUGAAGUGUUGAAGUGACUGUACAGAAUGCUGUGGCAAGACUUAACUGGCACUAAUAAGUGGUCACACAUCCCUUGCGUUUUGGCUUCUCUUCAUUGAUUGCCAGUAAAUUUUAGGUUUCAUUUUAAAAUUUUAGUUUUAACUGAACAGCUCUACAUGGUGAAGCUCCCCAUUAUAUCUCUGACCUAUUGAAACAUCAUGCUUCCUACCGGUCACUUCAGGUCAGAGGUUACUGUUGGUCCCAUGUAUUGGGUUCAAAACACGUGGGGAUCGAGCUUUUCAGGCACUGGGUUGUGGAAUUCUCUUCCACUGUCUUUACGCUGUACAAACUCCACUGACUCUUUUAAAAGCAGCUGAAGACAUUUUUAUACCAACAAGCUGUUAAAAAGUGUUUUCAUUGUUUCAUAUUAUUAUUAUAUGUAUAUUUCAGGGUUUAUUGUGAAGCGCUUUGAUUUUUAUCUGUGAAAGUGCUAUAUUUAAGAUGUCACAUACUUUUUGGGUCCUCAACCUUUCUAAGUUGGUAGUUCUUUUUCUUAAAAAUAUAUAACAAUACUUUUACAAUUUUGUGCAUAAAUAACUGGUCAGACUUGUGUAUGUGGAGCAAAUAGAAACACAAAGGACCACUCAUGUUUCAGUAAUCUGUUUUAAACAGAACGAGCAUGAAAGUUUAUACUGUACCAUUUCAUCAUGUAGAGCAUUUGGGCUUUAAGUUACGUAGUGUUUGUUGUCAAUCUGAUUUUAGUUGCAUCAAGACAGUUUGCUGCUUCUCAUCUGUGGAAUGAAUUCGGUGUAAAACUAGUGAGAAAACUGUUGUUUUGAAGCUGGGAAUUUGAGCUAUGAAAUGACACACAACCAUUUUAGCUUUUGAAAGGGCAUGAUGCUAACUGUAGAUAGGUUAGUAACGCAUGUCUGUAUUCACUGUGAAAUUAAUCGUCAUUCUACCUUUUGCAAACAAUAUUUUAAAAUGUACCGGCAGGGUGAAAGCUGAGCUGAACAUCACACUCCUGGGUGUCUUUUAUUGUAUCUGGUUGCUGAAUAAAGACACUUUUAGGUGAAGGGUGCACUUAACACAAGAUAUGGGUUAAUCUAUAUUUAAAUUAAAAAAAACAUUCACACACUCAAAACCUUAGGGUACAUCACCAUAUUCUUCUUUGCCUAAUGUACUUCAAACUCACAAGGAAAUUAUUUGCUGAGGUCAUAAAAUUAGGUGCAGUAUCGUUUUCUUGACUUCAUUUAGUCUGGCUUUUGUAAUCGGGAGUUGCCCCCUGCUGGCCAUUAGAAACAAAGCAGAUUUAAUUCACUCCCAUAUUAGCUUCACAUUUAAAAACGAUGCUCAGUCCACUGUGUGUGUGUGUGUGUAUAUAUACAAUCUGUAUUCUCAAACACUGUUUUUAGGAACAAACUGAUGGUUGCGUGGUUUGUCGGAGAAAAUUUGGACAAUCGUUUUAAAGAGUGUGUCCAGUGAUCAGCUUCAAAUGGACCUUUUCCUUUCUUCUCUCAGUACCUCUUAUUCCUCAUUCCUUCCUGUGACUCAUGAAUGGCAUAUCAUGCACUGACCAGCCAGCCAUUUGAAUAAAUGUACACAAGAAGACUGUGGCAGUUUCGUAUGUUGCUUGUAUUUAGAUCUCUCAUCUCUGUAGGGCUCUGCUGCCCUUGAGUCUCUCGAGCUGUGGCUAGACUGUGUUCAGCCAAUGGCGGCUGUGAUGAUUUCAUCUCUGCACUGUGAUCCAUUUUCUAACCAUGCUCUGAGUCCUGAUUGACUACAAUCCUUCCUUAUAUCCUGUUGGAGUGUGAUGCCAGAACUACCCUUCAGUCCUGUAAUGGCCUCUUCAGAAAGGGCCCUGCCCAGAGUCCGAAAGACUGACACUGAAAACGACCACGGCUUCGUCAGUGCUAGGUUUAUGGUGUAGCUCCAGUUUGGGGUACCUUUGCAGUAAAACACCUGAUGUGUCAGUAUGAAAGUCUAGCUUCACAUGGCUUUGUAACAGAUGGACCUACCUACCUCUCAAGGAUUGCAACGGAUUCGAACGUUGUCAUGAAUUUGUCUGUCCUCUCUGCAGUUUCUAAUAAAUUAUUCAUGUUCUGGGUGCUGAGAUGCCCUUCAGUAACAAACACAUGCAUACACGUGCACACACUUCAUUCAUUCACACAUUUUACUUACCCUCACACACGAUUUUCUUCUAAUUUAUGUUAGAACUAACUCAUUUUAUUUUAAACAUCUGUCACAUGACAUACAACACAUACACCUACACACACCUACAUACCUACACACACAGGCUCUCACUUUUGUGUUUAUGCAUUGCAACCACAGUGAGUAGUGUUUGAGUAAACCUGGUGAUCAGUCCACUGUCAGGCUCUCAUUGUCUGUCUCUUGCUGCAGGAUCCUCGACCAUUAGAGGGAGGCUGAGGAUCUGCACGGAUUUACCACCGGAAAAUGAAGAUUGUCUUGUAAAAUGUCAAAGCUGGAGGAAGCUCGCUGUAACAGGACGCCAGGAUGACCUCCAGGCUGGCUCAUGUGCAGUUCGUCCUUCAAAACAUGGAUGUGAAAUGUGGCGGAGCAGUACCAGAACUCAUCCAGCAGAGGGCAGUCUGCAGUCCAGAGGAGAGAUGCGCUGUUUUCUCUUAAUAAUAAAAGAUAUAAACCUGA